GGUGUUGCAAACAUUUUUAAAUAUUUUAGGUAAUUAGAUAAUUGGGCGAGACCAAACAACCAUGGCAGAUUCUGAUUUAGCUGAGUUACGAAAACAGUGCAUAACCAGUUUGUAUCUAUGCACGGACAACGUUUCCAAAUACAUCGACACCGAACAAGAAACCGAAUUCAAUAAGCUCAAGUCGUAUGUCGAAGGAUAUUGCCUGCUAGAAGCCCAACAAGAGGUCGCUAUUCAGGCUUUAGAACGCGCUAAGAAAGAAACUGACACAUCCAACAUAGAUUCCCUAGAAAACUGUUUUGAAGCUCAUCUGGCCAGCUUGGCGGGCAAAAGGCUCGACGUCAAGAAACAUCCGUACAUGACUGAGUUAAAUAAAAGGAUUGACAAAGGCUUGCAGAAUGCUAGACAAAAUUUGGAAGAGUCUGACUUAGCUAUUACAGAAACACAAGACCAAUAUAUUGAUCCAAUAACCAAGAGGCCUAUAGUGGACCCUGUGAAGAACUCCUUAUGUGGCCACAUCUAUGAAAAAGAAUCCAUUAUAAACCUUAUUACUAUCAAGCAGAGAACUAAGUGUCCAGUGGUAGGCUGCGGCAAUAGGGAGCCAGUGCAGAGACAGCACUUAAUAUCUGAUGAUGAACUCCUAUUCAGGAUGGCACUUACACAGCACUCCACCAUGAUACAAGAGAAAUCUGUAAUGAACCUCGAUGACACUAACUGAUAAUACCUAAAAUAGAUAGAAACAAUAAAUUUAAAAAAAUUGAUAUAUCCACCAGUUAAAUUCUGUGGGUAUUAUACGUUUUAAUGCGACACGCAUGGAUGGUUUUCUAGAAUUAAACUAAUUUCAAAAUUUUCAUUUUAUUAUGUUAGCUUUUUUAAAUUUACAUUACAAACUCAGAAACCUUCCGAUAAUUUAUUAAUAUUGUAAUAAUUUAUGCAUGUCUAGAUAAAGUUGUUAAUGUCCUGAU